GCAAUUGCGGAAGUUAUUCUACAGAGGAGCAUUUUCUCUUAAAAGCAGGUUCAAUCAGGGACUCCUUACAGACAUGUUGCUUUCAAGGCCAUCCAUUAAUUCUCCGAUGGAGUAUAGGAGGAACGUUGCUGUGAGAAGCUGAGAUCGAUCAGACUGGUAUCAACACACACUGCAUUCGGCUAAAUUUGAGCCGACUAGUCGUAACUUAGUGGGCAUCCAUGGCUUUUGUACCACGAGGAGUAAUCCUAGGGAUGCUGUUUUACUUAACGUUUGCAGUUGCUGGGACAAUAUGGAUAUCGAUGAAAUAUCUCGGUGAUAAUGACUGCAAUUGUUCACAAUAUUUUGAGCGCUCUAAAUUAUCGAGUUCUUUACAUGAACACGAUUUCCCGCACUCGCAAAAUCAGGACAGUGUUGCAGUGAAACAUCGGAGAGACGAGGGGAAUUCUCUGCAAGACACUACAAUAGGUAGGACUCAUUGAAAAUACUAGACUAAAUUUACACUGAUGGCUUUACAGGGUUGUAAGAUGAUAUAUAUUUGCUUGGUGACGUGUCGUUUCGACGCCUUGCUAUUUGUAAAAUGCUGGUUCCAUGUGGAACCUAGUCUUGUUUUGAUAGAUCAAAGCACAUUAUUUUAACGUCUCUCUCUUUUUUUGAAGUACUCUGCAACAUAACUUUCGAAAACAUAGCGUUUUAUAUAUUAAAUUGAAACCGAUGAUCAUGAAACAAAUUAAGCUUAAGUUGAUAUUGAACUUUCGCCUGGGAUCCAUGCGGGAGACUCGACGUAAUUCUGAAAAAUCUCCUCUUCAAAAAAAUGCCAAAAACAACAAAAACACUAAAUCAUCCAUUAAGUAACUGCCCCCUCUCAAUCAACUCUGCAUCUUGAGCAAAACUCCUUUCCUCAGGGAUUAUCCACAAGAAAUUACAUAUACAGUAACAGUAAAACACUCUGCGGACUAAUACUGUGACCUCCUGGAAAUUCUGUAUAAUUUACCCAUAUUUAUGGUAUCCUAUCAAAAGCCUGGAAGGAGGUAGAGAGAAGUCAUUAAUACCUGUAAUAAGUGACUUCUCUAACCUGAGACAGUAUAAAUAAGGGUGGGUGGCCUGGGGGUUGUGUGGUAAACACACUACAGGCAUUCUAUAAUAAGUUGCAAUAUCAUCGUCAUCAUCAUCACUGCAGUCAGUUGAUUCGACUAAGACUGUUUUAAGGUUCAGCAUGGUUUGAUAAGUCUCCUCCACAUAGGUCUGUCGUUGGGAUUUUCCUGCCAGCAGGAUCAAAUUUGCAGAAUAUUUCCACCUUCACAAUAAUUGUCAUUUAGAAUUUUUCUCUCCAGUAAGUAGGACAAUAACAAAGAUCAGUUAAAAGGAAAAAUAUACAUUUUUUUUUUUUUAUUUUAGACAGUACCCACCCUGAUGAUAACUGGGGACCACAUCAACUUGGGGUGGUGGUGCCUUACAGAGACAGAUUUGAGGAAUUGCUGGAAUUUGUUCCUCACAUGCAUAAUUAUUUAAAUGCCAAGAAAGUACAACAUAAAAUAUUUAUUGUCAACCAAGUUGAUAAGCAUAGGUAGGUUAAUUUCAUACUAUUAAGAAUCUCUAUGUCUUAUAGUGUAAGAUAUUCACUAGUUGUGUCUUAUCUGAAGGGAAUCAUUUUUUUCAAAUGGACCCUUGGGAAAUGAAGCUGUAGCGUAUUGAAAAACACGUCGCUGCUUUUUUUCUUGUGACAUCUAUAAUUGACAUUUUUUAAAAAUUUUUAUUGCAAAAACUGUGAAAAUUAAGUUGCAUGAAAGGCUGUGCUCUAAUGAAAAUUGAACGGAGCCCAGUGCUCUGAAACUGUAAAAUCUAGGGUGCCCAACAUAUGAUUUGUAUGAAAAAUCUGAGAUUUUCUAGUCCCCCGAGGGCAAAAGUUAUGCACCAGGGGCCACCGUGCUCUGCUAGAGCACAGCCCUAAAAUUAGUAAAUGUGUUAGGGUGAAUGUUGGCUGUGUUAUUUAGAUUAAAAAAGGGUUUUUGUUAGUUUUGACUGCUAUUUUACCUGGGAUACUACUGUUAACUUGAGGACAGCAUCAUUCUCAUUUUGUUUGUAUCAGCUACUACCGUAAUCCUCUUGCAGAUUUAAUCGAGCAUCCCUUUUAAAUGUUGGAUUUCUGGAAGCCAGGAAUAAUUGUGACUACAUAGCAAUGCAUGAUGUGGAUUUACUUCCACUCAACAAAGACUUAUAUUAUGGAUUCCCUGAGAAGGGACCUUUCCAUGUAUCGGCACCAUUUUUACACCCAAAAUAUCACUACAAAACAUUUGUGGGAGGAAUUCUGUUAAUGUCAGUGGCACAGUUUGAAAAGGUAGGUCAUUCUUGUUCUAUUUUACCAGCAUAAAGAUACUCCAGGCAAAGAUCCAGACUGAUUUCUACUGUUUGGUGGCAAGUGGUUAGGUGUUUGCUAUACAGAAAAAACCUUUCUUUAUUGCACACACUGUCAGGGCCAUCAGAGUUAGUGUCCUUAACCCUGUCACGGCCAAAAUUAGUAAACUCAAAAAGAAAAGAUUCCGUUGUUGGAGUUGUUGCUUUAUACACUAUUGGAAAAUGUUUAGUUUCAUUUUUCUUGGAUCUCUCACUCACUACUUGUCUAAUGCUCCUGAUGUUUGGCUGGGCUUUUCUUUCUAUCAUUAAUUUUUAACUUAGAACAAGGUGACCCCUGAAGUAUAUUUAUUGUUCUGUAACCACAAGUUAAUCACAAAAUAUAAAGUUUUUUUUAGAAAAUGAAGAUAUGAUCGCCGCAGUGGUUAUUGCAGUUUAAGCAAAUAACCCGAAAAAUAUUUUCGGGACUUCGAUGGGAUUCGAACCCUUUUCCUCUGAGUUAGCGCUGCAGUGCUCUACCAUUUGAACCAUGAAGACCCAUACAUUGGGGGAGGCCAAUUUGUUGAGUUUUGAUCUUAACCCGUCAAAGGAAUGAAGCAUGAAGAUGAUGUGAACUGAGGAAAUAUUAUAAUGUUCAGAUAUGAUGGUCGCUAUGGUUAUUGCAAUUUAAGCAAUUGCAAAAAAAACCAAAAACACCUUUCGGGUUUAUUUGAUAUAACUUCAAUAACUUUAAUUUGCAAUAUAUGACUUCAACAUCAUUCUUUGUUUAUUUUAGGUCAAUGGACUUUCCAACAAAUUUUGGGGUUGGGGACGUGAAGAUGAUGAACUGUAUUUGAGAAUGAAAGAAGCUAAAUUAUCAGUAAGUAAUAAUAUUAUUAAUACCACUGAAGCUCAUGCAAGAGGACACUCCUGGAAAACACAAGAACAGGGUCCAUAACUGGAAGUGGCCAUUUUAUAUAGGAAUGAUCCUCGUUAGUCUGAUCUAGACAUUCUAAAAGUCCAGUAUUUUUUCUGUCGCUCGUUCGGUCGCUGUGCGACCUCGUGCAUUGAAGCUCGCUUCGCUCACUUAUGAGAACUUAUGAGAGGUCGACUUGUAGCAACUCUAUCAUUAGUCGUAAGCUGCUACUAGCAGUUUGGUAAUAAGUUAGAGUGGACUGCUGCUCACGGGAGUGUCCGUUAACAGAACUUUAACUCCAGUAAUGUUAGUAGAUCUCUCUGUUGUGGCCUAUAUUAUUCACGCACUGAAUCAACUAAAUUGAUAACACCAACCUCUCUGCUGCUUCUCCUACUGGAACAAUGUGGAGCCCAUGAAAUUGUUAAGGGUUAAACUUGACAAGAUUAUACCCUCACAAUGCCGGGAUGAUGGUGCUGCAUCUUUGGAAUCCUAAGUGACCGGCGUUCGUUUGAAGUGCUAAAACUAGGUUUUCCAGUCGCUGAAAGCAAAAAUCACUAGUAGGUUGUGCAAAACAGUCAGUUCGUUCGUCAGUUUGUCAGUUGUCUCAAAAUCAACUGGGUGAGGAGAAGAGACCUUCUCUUGUCUCACUCUCCGUUUUCAUUCUCGCUCCAGACCUUUCGUUUGACUGCUCGCGCGUUCUUGACCUUCGCGAAAAUACGAGCUGUUUAGUAUAGUUGUUAAGACUAGUAUACUGCUGGGAACUGUUAGCGAACAACCUGGCUUAACCUUGGGCGUCUAUAUGAGAUCAAUGGUGUAGUACUAAUUCAAUAAUUGUCAAGAGUGAUCAGAAGAUAGAACUUAGUCUUCUUUGGUCUACAAUGAACAGAACUUAAAACAGGGAGCGGAGCGGGUAACGGAGCAGGGAACGUAGCGUAGAACGGAGUGGGGAAAGAAGCGUAGAACGGAGCGGGGAAAGAAGCGGGGAACGCAGCUGGGAACGGAGCGUGGAACGGAGGGAGAGGCGGGGGAGGACUCAAAGUUUUUUCAAUGUUCACUAUGCUCCACAUCCCAUUUACUUCCAUCUCCCAUUGUAUAAGUACCCUAAGCUGAUAGUCUCAAAUGUCACAAUUUUUUUCGUUACAAACUCUUACUUCUUUCAUCGUGGUUAUUAAGGUUAAUACUGUUUGACGAUGUUGAUAUUGAUUUUAGAUUUAUCGCCACAGCAGCAAACAAAUAACAACAGGUUAUGAAACGUUUAAACACGAUCAUGACCCAAAGAAAAGAAAACGAGACUACGCAAGGUUUUAUGACCAGAAGAAGGUGGGUUGGUACACAGUUACAUGUAGGUAGCUGAUACUUGUUUAUACCGUGGUUAAGUCAUCUCUCGAUCUGUGAUUAGUAAAUUUUCUCUUUGUAACUUGUGUACGGACCAAGAGAUCUUUCUUUUUUCUUCAAUCAUGCAACAAUAAGUGCGCCUAUCUACGAAAAAGCCAUCAAAACGAUAAAAUAGUUUUAUUUUUCAACUUAGAGAAUCAUGGAGUGCGUUUUUAUUUGCUUGUGCUGUAAAAUCGUUUGUAAGGCACCAAGAUCUUGUUCCACAAAAAGAAAGUCAUAUGAUAUAUAUCUUGCUACCCACGAUGUAACUUCCAAUCCUGUAAAUUACGGAUCACAUGUUUUUUGUUGUUGUUGUUUUUGUGCUAGUUUUUUUGGCGGCUAAUAAGAGGUACACAGUUAGAGCUCCUUCUGGAUGAAAAUCCUUGAGUAUUGCCGUGAAAAAAAAAAUGGAUUUUCUGUGAAACCUAAAAUACUAUUUCUGCUCUUCACAUCGCCCUUCACCAAUGCAGUCAAAACUGUCAAGACAGUUUUUUUUAUCUAUUGAGAAAUUCCAAUUAAUUUACGUCCAAUUGAAAACUUAAAUUUGUUUGGAAUAUUCUGCGUAGUAAGCAUUUCUUUGCUUAACACAGAAGCUGUGGCGGGAACAGGAGGCUUCCCAUCCAACUUUCGCUCUUACACAAGAACGUUUGCUCAAUGGCGUUCGCGUCCACUUUUUCAAUGCAGAUAUAAAAUUACUGAGACGCGCGCCCAAGCGCUCUUUCUUUUUCCCUCUGUCCCCGAUGCCCCCUCCCGAAUCGAGGGAGCUUGUUCGCGCAGGCUAGUUUACGUCUUGGUUUUCAAACGGUAGCAUAACGUUUAUCAUAGGCGGAAAUUUCAUUCACAUCGAGAAGAAUAUAUAUAAUCGCGCCGUUUUUAAGCCGUUGAAGUUAAGUCUUCAGUUGUUAUUAGAUACCCUCCUGAUCUGAAUUUUCAUUCUUUAGACUUGAAAUCUUGAAAUUCCUUGUUUGUGUUCAUGUUGUCUUUUCAGGUAUCGUUUCAGAGAGACAGGGAAACAGGAGUUACAACAGUCAAGUACAACAUUGCUAAAAAGACUGAUCUUGUUGUUAAUGGGGCACCGUGCGUGAUUCUCAACGUGAACUUGCACUGCAAUGUACAAGAAACACCGUGGUGUAAUAAUCCUGACACGUGACACAUAGAACUUAUAUUUUCUCUUAUUAAAGCGUCAUAUAGAUGUAAUUUAUAAAAAGUGGAAACUGAAAAACUGUGUGAACCAGAAUUAAUUGAAAUCAGUUAUACAAUGUACAUCCACGUUCGCGCGUUCCAUCAAUUAACUGACAACUAGAUGUCACUGAUGAUAUUAGAGAAAAGAAAAUCGAAACUGCCAGUAUUUUUUCUGUAUGGCUCCUCGUUCGACAUCGUUAGAUGAGAUAUGACUUUGAAGAAAAAAAGCUCUCUUAUCACAAAACCUGUCAUGUAUGUAUUAUCAUGAUUCCAUGCAGUUCGACAUCAUCAUUUUUUACCUAAUUUCCUUGCCUCCCCCAAACCCAGAAAGGUCGCGCGGCACAUCUCUACAUGAAUGAAUUCAGAAAGCUAUAUUUUUCUGUGUG